GAAGUAGGGGGAAAAGACUCUGAGUGCGAGGCGAAGAUGGAGGAAGGCGCCCAGGCCCCAGACUGGGACAGUGAUGAAACCAUGAUAGAGGAGUCGGUGACGGAGAGCGACCUGGAAGAAGAGGAGCUGCCCUGGAGAAGGUUGCUCUUUGAUCAAGACAUAUCUCUUAGAUCUGAGUCCAGUCUCCAUGCUGGGAUAAGUGGAAUGUGGAAAGGCAUGCCUUCUCCUGAGAUUCAACUUGGGUUUAAACCCAGAGAGUGUCCACAAGAGCAAAGGAGUAGCAGGAAGAUGAUGCCUGUUCUUAGUGAGGAUACAAUACUUCAAUCUGAAGAUAAAAUGGAACAAAAUCAAGCCCUAUUACAGACCAGAACAAAGUGUCCAGUGUUUACUGUGUCGGUUCCACAGACUGGACUUUCACCGAGCCACCAACACAUCCAAGGGCCUGAGGCUGAAAAUACUGAAGUUUUGCCAAACACAAAAAAGGCUCUAAGUGGAGAUGGAGACUCUCCGGAAAUUAGCCUUCUCUCAGGUACUAGCAUUACAGGGUCUGGUAUGGUUGCUGUGAAAGAGAAGUCAUUAACAGAGCCAGAGAAGAUAGCAGCACAAAAUACCUUUUCUGAGCCUGUAAAGAAAGUCACAUUGACCAUGACAUCUGAAGAAAACAAAGAUGAAGAAAGCUCUCUGGAAACAUUUGUAUCUGCCUUAGAAAGGUUACUAACAUCACCAGAAAGCACCCAGGAAGAAAGAUCAUUUCAAAUAAUGAGUGAUUUUGAACCUAGAGAGUUGUUGAACUCAUUGAGUGACCCUCUGAUUUCCACACAAACCUCCUUGGAUGCCUUGUGGGCAAGUCACAGAGAUGAACUAGAAAACACGGAGGAUAAUGCAUUGCCAGCUGAGUUGGUAGCAGCCUUGAACACAUUGUCGAAUGUCACAGCGGGACCCAUCUGUCACAUAAAAGGAGGAGGCAGCACUCCUGGUACUGGAAAUGAAUGUUUAGGAGUGGAGCUCAGUGUGUCUCAGACUAAUGAAGGUUGUUCACAAAUAGCAGAGACUCCAGAAGGCCCAGAUGCAUUUGGGUUGCAAACUUUGGCUCAUCAAAAUGUCACCUCUCAUGAUCAACUAAAUAAUAAGGGAGAUUCAAAUCCAGUGGAAAAUACCUCUGACCAGGAAACUCCAUGUGUGUUAAGGAGAUCGUCGAGACUGAAAAAACUGAAAGUAGACAAAGCUGGAAAGCACACACAUGAUAUGUAUAAGAUCCCAGAGAAAAUCUUACCGAAAGUACUUAGCUGUGAGCAUCGAACAAACAGCAAAUCUUUAACUAAGACUUCUAGCAUGCCGGAUUCUGCUUUAAGGACCAAAGGUGAAGGGAAGACUGUACAUUCAUUUAAACUCAAGAGUGGAGAACAGAUCAGGAAAAAUAAAAAAUUUGCAGCAAAAAAUGGAAAAAUGAAGAUGAGUAAGAUGUCUCUUUCCAGUAUUAACCGGAAAAACAUUUUUGGAGAGAACUUACUGUAUAGGGCUGCUCUGCAAAAUGAUGUUGACCUUGUUCAUCAUUGUAUAAAAAGAGGUGGAAAUGUAAAUCAGCCAAGUUAUGCUGGUUGGACAGCACUUCAUGAAGCUAGUGCAGCAGGAUUUUAUCAGGUAGCAAGUGAACUAUUAAAAGGUGGAGCAGAUGUAAACAUCAAAGGAAAGUACCAGAUUACCCCCCUGCAUGAUGCUGUGAUGAGUGGACAUUAUAAGGUGGCAGAGUUACUUCUCCUGAAUGGAGCUGAUCCAUUAUUUAGAAAUGACAGUGGAAAGUGUGCUUUGGAUGAAGCCAAGGAUUUAUGUAUGAAGCGUCUUCUUGAGAGAUACGUUCCUAAACAUCAAAAACGUCUUACAUGGGCUCAAAGGAAUAGCACUGACCCACUAGACGUAGAGGAUUUACACCAAUACAAGAAACCAAAAUUCAGUUCUAAAAAUUGUGUUUGGUUUGUUAAUGAUGAAAAUUCCAACAGACUGAAGCAAGAACAUGUAAAAGUCAAUAAAGGAAGCAAAGAGGCUUUAUUUAUAAAUAAAGAAGAUAUAUAUGAAUAUUACCAAAAAGAUUCCAGAAACACAAAAUUUGGUAAAUCCAAGCAAAAUCAAUCAACCGUUGACCAAAUACACUCUAAAGGAUUCAGAAGGGACAAUCUCUGUAAUGUCAGAGAUCCCAGCACAAAUGUGUCUGAUGAUAAAGGAAGAAGAAACAGACAGCAUAAAAAACCUCAAGAGGAUGAUGGCGACUGCAGUCCAAGAAAGACAAUAGCUGUCACUUCUUCCAGAAGAAUAAACAGAUUGGUUCUGCAUCAGCAGCAUACUCUCCAAACCCUGGCUGGCCUUCCAGAAGAGUCAUGUAAACCUUCCAGCCCAGCCCUCUCAAGCCUGACAAAUGACGUAGGUGACAAUGUCACGACUUGUUCAAUUUCCAAAGAAACACAUACUCAGAGCUUAGAUUUAGAUUUAUCGGAUAAUCAAGAAGCACAGUUCUUGGAAUUAGAAUCCAUUGACCAAACUGAAGUUUCUUUCUCAGACCAGUCCCCCUACACUGACAAAACAUGGUCCAUAAGCCCUUAUAAAUUUCAUGAAAAUAGGAACUCAGGUAAAAAAUAUGAGAACUUUAAUAAGUGGGAAAAUUCUGUCCCAUCCAUUAUAAAGGGAAGCAGUAAUGAUGAUGAUGGUGGUGAUGGUUGCAGUACUGAGAAGGCUGUGACAUGUAAAGAGGUGAUAUGUUCUACAGAUUGCAAAAUCUACUAUAAUUGUGAAAAGACUGUAACAAAUAGAGAGGAAAUGUAUUUUCAACGGCCUUUGCCUUCUGAGCACUGUUUUUCACAGGAAAAUGAGUUAAAAGCAGGCAGCCUAACCAUAACUCCACAACAGGAAGCUGUUACUUUUUCUGAUUCAGAAAAUACAGUAAUUUCUGAACAACAUGUUGCAGAUCGCGAACAAUACAUGUAUGGAAUUUCUUUUGAUCACUCACCUGGCAAUCCUGAACAAACUUCCCUGGCUUAUACAAGAACACUUGCAAUACAUGAAGCUUCAGAGCUGGCUGGUCACAUGGAACUAUUCAAAAGGCCUCAGGAUUAUAGCCCCAGAGCACCAGCUUCUUUAACGAAUCAAACAGAAACACAUAUUGUGGAAAAGAUGAAUGAGAAACAAGACCUUAAAAGGAAUUACACUGACAAAGAUCAAAAAACAUGUUAUUCAAAUGGGCCUUUAUCUGCAAUUGCUCAUUCUCAAGUAAUAGAAACAACUAAAAUUGAAAAAAGGGGACAAGACCUUCCAGAGAGCGAGACUAUACAUAAUGUAGAUUUUCAUUCCACUGACAAUAUGAAUAAAGAAUUGAUCAACAACUCACAACUUAAUCAAAGAGGAGAGAAAGAAAUGUCUCCCAAACCAGAUGAGGAAUUAGCUAAUAAUGGAGAGGAAAGUACUAUAAGAAAUGGUGAGAAGAAAAAAGAAAAAUCAGAUUCAGAAAUUCACAUGCCUACUGAUACCCAAGUUCAGAAUUUGAAAAACAGACAAAAUUUGUUGAAAGCUACCUGCAGCCAAGAAGUGAAAACAACCGGGAUCGAUAAGAGGAAUGCUAAAGGGGAAAGUCGACUUCAUUUGGCAGCCAGAAGAGGAAAUUUGUCUCUGGUGAAAGCACUAAUAGAAUCUGGAGCAGAUGUGAAUCUAAAAGAUAAUGCAGGUUGGACACCACUUCAUGAGGCAUCUAGUGAGGGAUUCAGUGACAUAGUUGUGGAGUUAUUAAAAGCUGGUGCUAACGUUAAUAGUGAAAAUCUAGAUGGAAUUCUGCCCUUACAUGAUGCUGUUAUAAACAAUCAUCUAAAGGCAGCUGAGAUUCUAUUACAACAUGGAGCAAACCCUAAUCAAAAAGAUCAGAAACAGAAGAGUGCUUUGGAUGAAGCAGAUGAUGAAAAAAUGAAAGAGCUACUAAAAUCUUAUGGUGCUAUUGAGACUGGUAAUAGAGAUGAGAGUGAUAUUGUAAAAAGUCCUGCUGUCCGGUCAAAAAAACAUAAGCAGUGUGUUUGUGAUGACUACAAAACUGUUGAUCCACCUUCCCUUUCACACCAAGAAAAAAUAAGAGGAAGCCUUCCUGUGCAUCAUACCAUCAGUGCCAUUCUACAAGAUAUAGAAGAAAAACAAGAAAAGUUAUUAGCAUUUGAAAUAAGAACCUCUGAAGAUGCAGAACAAUACACUGAAAAGAUGUUACAGAUCAAAGAGGUGAUGGAUAGUGUGCUUGCCAAGCAGAAGGCGGAGAGGGAUGAUCUAGCUAAGAAAUACAGGGUGUCCAUAGAGUCGUUUAAGCAUGGAGCUCUGAGAGAACAACUGGCUAACUUGGCCACAAGACAAAAGAGUCUUUUAGUUGUGGCAAAAAAACAGAGAAAUAUAAGGCUGAAAAUUCAAAACUAUAAGAAUGUCACAUCAUUGUCUGGACUUAGCUUGAGGAAGCUGCCAUCUAGCCCAGAGAUCUCUAAGGAAAAGGACCCCAAAAAGCUUACCAUUCUGGAAAAAUCAGUAGAGCCCCAAUCAGAUUCACUUUCCCCUGCCAACGUUGUUUGUAGAAACAUGCAGGAAGCAGAGUUGCCUCUGGAAACUUGCAUUACAGUUCAGAAUGACAGCCAGAAUACCAAUAUUUGCCUAAAUUCAGAGAUAGUGAGAAGGGAAGAAUUUUCUGGAAAUGAGCAGAAUUCUAAACAAAAUGUCCAUGACUAUACCUUGGAUGGGUUAUCAAAAUCCAGUCAUUUAGAUGGCACUGAGAAGAUUAAAUUACCAUCACAAUCUAUUGCUUUUAUUGCUCAAGUAGGUUAUUCACAAAAAGAAAAUGAUUUUAUAAAAACUACAGCCAAAGAGUGUGAAUCCUGUGGCCCUUCCACAGUCACUGGUGCUUUAAAUAUUUCACCAGAAAUCACAAGUGUACUUGCCCAAAAGGAUGCCCAUCCAACGACUAUUAUUUGUGAUCAAGCCCUUUCCAGUUACGAUCCAAAAACAAGAAACAAAACAGCUUCCCAGCAACCACCUAGGGCUGCAUCAGAAUCUCUGGCACAUCAGAGAACUACUGUCUUCGAUAGUGAUACUGUACAUCAGAUGAAAUCAUAUCUUAAAAAAUCGGCUUCUACUGUUCCAUGUGCCAAUGACAGUCAAAUCAUUGGGUCUGGCCGUCAACAUACUACAAAAAAGCCUUUAAACUACAGCACAGCUCCUAGAAAGAAACGUAUGCAGAUAAAGGAUCUGAUACUACUGGGAAGAAUUAAUCCUGGAAAUAACAUUCUGGAAUUCAAAACACAGGAGGCUACCCACAAAGCCAGUAUUUUAUUGAGUGGUAAAAUUAAGGUAGAAAAUGGUCAGAUUUAUCAAAACCCAGUCACCUGGCUCAAAGAUCUCCUAGGAGGCGACAGUUCUGUGACCUGGAACUAUGCUUGGAGUAAGGUAACAUAUCUUGGAAGAGAGCUUUUAAAAUAUGUUUCUGAAGAAGUACCCAUGCCUCCAGAACCAAACCUGGUACCGCAGCAAUGUCGACUUUCUCUUCGAGAAGUACCCUGUUUAGAUGACCCAGCACAAGAACCAAGCAAAAACAUAUCAGAAAAAGUGAAAUUUGGACAGGGAACUUACAGAGAGCCAAUGCAGAGUAACCCACAUUAUCUACAAAUAAAUGAAAUACUAUUAAUCAGCGAUCAAGAAUUUCUCCCAUGCCAUAUAAUGGAUCAGCAUUGGAAGUUCUAUGCAGAAUGUGAGGAACUAACAUUCUAAAGCCCUGUGUUCUUACUUAUAUAUUAGGUAUUUGUUCAUAUUAAUAACAUUUCAUAUUUUGUCUUGUGUGGUCUGGUGUGC